CGCAACCCUCUUGUGCCAUGUCCUCCCUGGAAUCGUUUCUCGGCUCCCUGCUCGUAGGCACGUGGCUAAACACGGCUCUCUUCGUUCUCGAAGUGCGCUACGCGAUCAACUACCUCCUGCAUCCCAUCGCCCGUGCUGAGCGGUGGUACGUGAAAGCAACGGUCGCAGCGUGUCUGGUCACGGACUCCAUCACGGUCGCGGGGCACUAUGCCGCAGUGUACUUGUACUGCGUCACAAAUUGGGGGAAUAUUGCGUAUCUGCCUGGACAGCAUCAGCCUACGCGAGUCUACUCGUUUGCUAGCGCUCUGACGACAUUCAUGGUGCAAAAUUUGCUUAUAUACCGAAACUGGAAAGCAACGAGAAUAUGGCCGAUUGCGGUCUUUCUCUGCUUGUUGGCAUGCACUACGCUAGGAGCUGUUAUUCGCACGACACAAUAUCCCCAAAAUGUCACCAGGGCGCAGGUUGUUGUUCCUGUCGUACUAUCGUUGGUCUCUGCGACGUGCACCGAUAUUGGCAUUGCCAUCUGCCUUGUCUGUCAGUUACAUUUCAUGCACAGCGCAACGACCUUUUCUGGAACCAGGAACCCCGCUCCUGAUGCUCCAUCACUCCGCGCGCAGAUGUGCACCUGUGCUGCACGUGAUCUGGUGGCUUGCCCGCCGUCCCGCCGUCCAUCUACGGCACUGCACGUGAUCACUGCUCAGCAUCGCGCGCGCGCAGGCGACAUCCACGCCAAUGUGCGUCAUAGCUGUGAUUCCAGGCAUGAGACACUUAUCGGGUUGCGCAGGGCAAGAAUCAUCCGUGAGCCAAAGGGGACGGUGUGGGUCGCAGGCGAGCGUGCAAAUCAAAUCGAAGAGUGGCGGCAUACGGUUCUCACGAAGCUGGCAUGCUUCCGAGAACUGCAGGCGGUGUACAUGCCUGCAGCCGCCGCUAUCAUUGAGGAGGCUGAAGCCCGGCGCGUCCGUUCAGCUUCAAGCCCUCGGCCUGAACACAUCAAGCUAUGGAUGCCGAGCGAGAUGCCCUCAUUGUUGGGUCCAGCGCGGGGUUGUGUGGCCAGGUUGUGUGACAUUGAGACGAAGCUGCGGGUGGCGCAGUGCGAGAACUCACUCACACUGGUUCGGGCGCGUCUGCAUGCAAAGAGGCACCUGAUCAGCUUCCGAAAUGCGAACGUGACUGGCCAGAACCAGUCAACAAAGGCACGGACACUGAUUAGCAAAGUCGGGGAGAAGGUGACAGCAAGCGCCAACCGGUAUCGAAGGGGACGGCAGGCUCUGGUGGAGGCUGGCCGCUUGGAAAAGUUCCAGCAUCUGCAAGAGCUCAAGGAUGAGCACCUGCAGAUGAGUGGUGCAGCUAUGGAGACGGACACAGAAAGGACAGAUGCUUGGACAGCAAAGAAGAUUGGGGCGCUCGGAGCAGGGCGCGUGCCAAGGCAGGACCACGGAUUGUCGAAGCAGGUGAUAUCAUGGAUCUGGACCGCGCCCGGAGCUUGGGACAACAAGGAGAAAGAUCUGCAUGACUCAAUACACGUGGAAUGGGGUCAGGCGCUGGCGCGUCGCGAUAGGUGGACCAAGGAGGUCUUGCUGCUGAAGGAGGAGAUGUGUCGGCACUACGGGUGGUCGAGCACGGGUAUCAGCUUCGGAGCGCCGAGUCAUCCGGUCGUGAGGCAGUCGGCUGCACUGCCGCCGAUGAGGGACCCGGGUGAGGAGGAGAUCGAUUCAGAAUCUUCGGUGGCUUCCAAAGGGCCGGAUAAUGCUGUCAAAGAGGAGGCUUGCUGUGCCGCAUAUGGACGCCUAUUUACACACAUUCUCAUCAUCAAUUUGAAAGUCCGCGCUGUCACUGCUGACCAAUCCUUCCUCCGACUUUUCACAUCUCGGGCCACGCGCCAUCGCCAUCGCCAUCGACAAGCCAAUCUCGCACCGCCGCAGACGAUCGAGGAGGAAGAACGAGGAACCAAGAAAGACGACCACACAGCAAGGAACAUGAGCCGCCAGGCCAAGACGAUGCCACCGCAGCCAUCGAGCGUGUCGAUCGGCAAGCAGCCCAUGGCGUAUCCCAACGCACCGGCCGGGGCCAAUGCCAAUUCCAACACCGCCAGCGCAGGUGGCGGAGGGGGGCAGCCUCGCAGCGCACGCGCCGCGUCAAAGGCGCCCGCGGCGUACCCGCCUCCGGACGCCUCUGCGAAUCCUGGCGCCGCCAACGGGGCGAAGGGGAAGGGCAAACCUGCUGCCCAGGCGGCGGCGCAGGCGAAGAUCUGGAACACGUCGACGUCAGAGGAGCGGGAGCGAAUCCGGGACUUCUGGCUUGCGCUGAGCGAGGCGGAACGGCGGGACCUUGUGCGGAUCGAGAAGGACACGGUUCUUCGCAAGAUGAAGGAGGAGCAGAGGCAUAGCUGUGGAUGUGCGGUGUGUGGACGCAAGAGAUCUGCGAUCGAAGACGAGCUGCAAGUGCUCUACGAUUCCUACUACGACGACCUCGAGCAGUACGCCAUCCAACAGCAGCAGUACCUCUCCUCCCUCGCCGGUGGGCGGGGUGCGCUCACCACCACCAACAGUGGUGCCGGGACCGGAAUCGCUGCAGGUAACCCAGGCCAGGCUCAGCGCAUCAAGGCCCCACCCGGCCCAGGGCCUUUCCCCGGCAGCGUUGAGGUGGACCGAUAUGGCGCAGUCGUGGGUGGGGCAGGUUAUCCUCCGCGAGCCACGCAUACGAAAUCUAAAUCCGGCUCGAAGCAUGGCAACGUCAGGACGAAGAAACCGGGAUCCAAGACGACGACGACGCCCAAAUCGAAGCACGGCAAAGCGGGGACGGGGAAAAACAAGGCCAAGCACAAAAGCGAGUCCAAAGUCAAAGCCAGGCUGGAAGCAGAGGACGUGUACGAGGAGGACCCGCCAGACGAGGAGGAUGAGGACGACGACGACCAGGACGUGGAUGAACCGCUCGACGAUGAGGAAGUCGAAGUCGACGUUAUGAAUGGCAAGCGCAGUGGGAAGCGUGUCAGAGGCAAGAUUGGUGCUGGACGGGGUGUCAAUCCCAGCGCGAAUGGGGCCAUUGACAUGAAAGGGAAGAUGGCGGCCGGAGUCAGCGUCGGCGGCUCUGGAGGCCCGACAUCAAUCUUGACUGUUGCCGACGAUCUGCUCAAGAACGACGGUCGCAAAUUUCUGGAGAUGAUGGAACAGCUGGCCGAGCGCCGACUAGCGCGUGAAGAAGAGGCUGCAGAUGGCAUCAGCGGGGACGACGACGAGUCAGGCUCAUCGGUCGGUGGCGAAUCGGACGAUGACGACGACGGGGAUGACUCGGAGGAGGGUUCCGAGGACCUCGACGAAGAAGAAGAUGAUGAACAGGAAGUCGACGAUGGGGAGUCGGUGUCCGGGACCGAUCGGUCCGAGCUUUCUGAUGAGGAGGAAGAGGACGACGAGGAAGACGAUGAGGAUGAUGACGACGAGUCCGACGACGAUGAGGACGAGCCGCUGACCGAAGAUGAGAAGAUCAAGGAGGGUAAGCGGAUGUUCAGCAUCUUCGCCGCGCGAAUGUUCGAGCAGCGAGUCCUGCACGCGUAUCGGGAACGAGUCGCACAGGAAAGGCAGCUGCAGCUCAUUCGAGAGCUCGAAGACGAGGACGAGCGCAAACGGGAGAACGAGGCGAAGAAGCAGAAUGUCAAGAACAAGAAGAAGGACAAGAAGAAGCAGCAAAAGGCCGCGAAAGAGGAGAAAGAGGCACUCAAAGCCAAGGAGAAGGCUGCGGAGGAAGCGGCUGCGAAGGAGAAACAGGCGGCACUGGAGGACGAGCAGCGAAAGCGCCGAGACGAGGAACGUAACAAACGCAAGGCUGCUGAGGACGAGCGCAAACGCAAGGCUGCGGAAGAUGCUGAGCGAGAGCGGAAGAAGGUGCGAGAGCGAGAGGAGGCGCGCAAGGAGAAGGAACGGAAGGAGAAAGAAGCAAGAGAGGAGAAGGAGCGGGAGCGAGAGCGAGAACGGGAGAAGGAGAAGGAGAAGGAGAAGGCCGCUGCAGCGGCUCUCGCAGCCCAGCGCGCAGCCGCAGCCGCUGCCAAGGCAUCCGCCGCCAACCAAGUGCCAUCAUCAUCGUCCUCCUCCUCUCGGCCGAACGGCAUUACUGCCUCCCCGUCAUCAUCGGCCGUCCCGCCGAAAAAGAUCAUUCUCAAGGCAUCGACUUCCUCGUCUUCAUCGUCGUCGGUCAUGUCGCCCGCGGUCACUCCCACCCGUCCGACUCCACGGACCGUUGCUCCGCCUACGCCAGUCACUCCGUUGAUCUCGCAGGCCGCGAUUGGCAUUCCGCCGCCGACACCGCAGACGCCCAUCGCGGCUCAUGCGCCAGUGCAUGCAUACGCGGCCCAAACACAGAAUCCAGCAUCUCCUCGAACAGCGUUUUCGUCGUCGUCGUCGUUUGGGGGUGUUCCCUCAUUUGGACACGGUGCUCCGAGUGUUCAGGUUGCCCAACAUCAGGCGCAUCAGAUUGGGCAUCAGCAACCGAUUGGGCAUGGCCUGGGAGUGCAUCACCCUCAGCAGUCACAGCACAAUAUGCAUCACCAUCUCACGCAGCUGCAUCACCCAAUUGGACACCAGCACCCGAUCGGACACAACGCGAUCGGGCAGCCGCAACAUCCGGGGCUCGGAGUGAUAGGCCAACACCCGCAUUUCGUGGGGAUGCAGCAGCAGCAGCAUCCAAUAUCGCUCGCAGCCGGGAUUCCCUCGCCCAUCGGUCCGCCGCCGAAGCAACUCGCCCCCGGUGCCGGCCGGCGCGCAUCGCUGGGCCCCGGCAGCGUGAUUGGCAGUGGCAUCGGCCUGGCCGUGUCGCCUCCCACACCCAUUGGACGACCGACGCCGAUCGCUCGGCCCGACAUCGGGACACGGAUGGGCGGCCGCAACCGGUCUCCGAGCCCGAAGACCCUCGGCUCGUCGGCGCUGUUGGCAGACGACGAUGAGCUCGUUGUGCCCGUGCGCCGGGGCGCCAAUGUCGGUGUCGGGUGGGGCGUACCUGUUGCCGGUGGCGGCGGGUGGAAUCACCCAGGGGGAGGUGGUAGCGGCAGUGUGCCGGGUGGAGGGGGCUUUUUUGGCCGCUCGGGGCAGUGAUAUGUUUGUUUUGCUGACAUAGUUACUCACGUACUUACUGACUCACCCAAGAAGCUAGUACUGUCAGUAGUCAGUCUCCUUUUCUGUUUGUCUUCGCAAAUGUCUUUUCGUACGCAGCGUGCAUCCGUGUGGAAAUCAUACCUUGAUCUAGGUCACUUGAAGCGGAAAGUUGGCACGUGCCCGAGCGGAGGAUCUGCACGUGCAAGAUGUCAGCUGCACAAUCCACGGGCGGUGUUCCGGCUUCCCAUCACCUUGACGUUCGUGCAGCUUCGCUGCGAUAUCCCCCUGUGCGCCGUUGAUGACCCUAUUCCCGAAGCAUCGCGUUCUCUAAUAUCACGCUUGACAACGCUGACGAUCCAAGCGAAGGUCGCUCGAUGGCCUGCCAACACAAUGUGACAGGAUGCCA